CAGAAUUAACCGGGGUACAUGUAAUCUUCAGUAUAAUAGUCAUACCUACCUUACUUAAUUCAAUUUUAUUUGCCUGUUAUCAUCGAGCUCCGGAUUAGUACUUAACCUCUGGACCCUGUCGCUGUGUUAGCGGCUUGAACGUUUCUGGAAAAUCAAUACGUCAUCGGAACAGCAGCAUUGGAGCUCUUCUCAACUAGCUCUUCGAUCUUGAUCCCGUAUAACCGAAAAGGUUAUGAUGUAAAUAAAAAUACCGCUAACUUGGAUGACGACACUAAUUUUCUUUACUUUUGACGCUGGUCUUUAUUGCGCAUGCUUUGGUUUUCUGGGCAUAGGUAAUAAUCUACGGGGUAACAAUGUCGAUAAUUAAAGACGAAGAGGACUCGGAACAUUCGCACGGAAGAUCUUCCUCUUCCAGGGAACCGGUUCCUGACGCCGAUUCCCCCGCAACGGCUCCAGAUGGAGACUCGGAAAGUUGCGAAUGCCCGCCAACGGAAAAAUAUCACGAUGGUCAUCGACCAUGCACUCUUGACACUCGUCCGUCCCAGAUCCGCGCAAGUGGGAGGGAUGUGCAGGAUCCGGCGUCGCGGACAUUGUCGCGGACUGUGUCUCGACGGGAUACUGCGCUGUCGCGCAUACGCUCGCGGCCGACGGUUCCGCCGUUCAAUCAUCCGCUUGCUAGGGAAAAGACUGGACAUGAAUAUCUAGUCGAUUUCGACGGGCCCGAUGAUCCCUAUCGUCCGGUGAAUUGGCCGCGACAUAAAAAAGUAGUUACUACGCUCCUUUACGGUCUGGUUACUAUGACUGCGACUUGGGCGUCCUCAUCAUAUUCAGCCGGUACGCUGCAAAUCGCAGAGCAAUUCGGCGUUGGCAGACAAGUCGCGACACUAGGUACCACACUUUUCCUACUGGGCUUUGGAAUAGGACCGCUGCUCUGGGCGCCAUUGUCGGAGGUAUAUGGUCGUCGUGUUGCGGUGCUGACGCCUAUGUUCAUAUCUAUAUGUUUUUCAUUCGCUUCGGCUGUCGCUAAGGAUCUUCAAACUCUCAUGUUGACCCGGUUCUGGGGCGCCAUUUUUGCCUCAGCUCCUGUGACGAAUACAGGUGGUGUUCUUGGAGACCUGUUCACGCCGGCGUAUCGCGGUAUCGCGAUGGCGGGUUACGCAAUGGCGGUCGUGGGGGGUCCGACAGUAGGACCAAUUGUCUCGGCAGUCGUCGUCGCACAGCCAAGUCUCGGAUGGCGCUGGACGGAAUAUACUACGGGGAUGUUACAAUCUGCUGUGUUGGUUAUAGCCGUUAUAUUUAUCGAUGAGUCGUACCCUCCGCGGCUACUUGUCACUAAGGCAAGGCGCCUACGGCUAGAGACGGGUAACUGGGCGCUCCACGCGAAGUUCGAAGAGUGGGAUGUUAGUGUAAUGGAACUCGCACGCAAGUUCCUCGUCCGUCCCAUUCAAUUGCUCUCGACACCGAUUUGCUUCUUAGUCGCGCUGUAUGCCAGUUUUUGUUAUGGUAUCUUGUACAUGCAGCUAGGCGCCGUACCCAUCAUCUUCGGCGAGGUCCGGGGCUGGUCCACGAUCUCGAGCGAAUUGCCUUUCCUAGCUAUCCUACUUGGUUCGAUUGCUGGCGCUGGUAUCAACAUGUCGAACCAGCUCUACUACAACAAGGCCUACCACGCUGUGGGAGAUCGACCAGUCCCCGAAAAACGCCUGCCACCAAUGAUGUUCGGGUCCGUGCUCUUCGCGGCUGGCCAGUUCGUUACAGGUUGGACGGCGGAUCCCGACGUGGCGCCGUGGAUUGUUCCUGUUAUUGGGAUGUUCCUCUCUGGAUGUGGCUUCAAUACUAUAUUCCAGGCCGCGCUUAAUUAUCUGGUCGAUACAUUCCAGAUGUACGCGGCGAGUGCCGUGGCGGCUAAUACAUUCAUGCGGAGUUGUUUCGCAGCAGCCUUCCCGCUUGUCGUUACGCCGCUAUACCAUAAUAUUGGUGUUGGGCCCGGAACGAGUAUAUUCGCGGGGUUUGCAUGUCUGUUGAUUCCCGUGCCGUAUGUGUUUUACUUCUUUGGAAGGAGGAUCAGGGCUGCUAAUAAGUGGAGUAGGAGCAGCGUGUUUUGAUGAAUUUGUGAUGAGCUGCAUGGCGCUGGUGUUUAGGGUAAGCGGGAUUAUACUUUGUUGAUGUGUGCAUCUGUCUAUAUGCAUUGCUUAACAUAUUUCGCGUUCAUAAAUUGGUUAUACUUAGGUAUUUGAAUCUUUGACCCACUGCUACUUCAUCUCCGUGGUGAGUUUGGAAAUCAGAACAUUGAAGUUGACAACGUCAG